AAAACUUCUUUAAGCAGCUCGAGUAAGCGGAGGAGUAACACGCGCGCGCGCGGAGUAACGGGCACCGGCGCACGUGCCUUCAGACACCGGGGACCGGAGGAAUAACGGAUAAACACUUCUUCACCUGUGGUUUCUGUCCUGAACUGUGGCGCUUCUGUCUGUCAUUAUGAUGAACAUAGGCUUCAGCAGGAAAAAAGAUAAACCGGCCAUGCACAGCCCCGAGGCUCUGGUGAAGCAUUAUGUAGCCUACAGCGCUAAGUUUUUAGGAUUCACAGAGGUUGACCAGCCAAAAGGCACGGAUGUUGUUCGGGUGGCUGUGAGAAAACUGAAGUUUCAGAGGCAUAUCAAAAAAUCCGAGGGGGAAAAAGUUCCCAAAGUCGAGCUACAGAUUUCCAUACAUGGGGUCAAAAUAUUAGAUCCAAAAACAAAGGACGUGCAGCACAACUGCCAGCUGCACAGGAUGUCCUUCUGCGCCGACGAUAAAACGGACAAACGGAUCUUCGCCUACAUCUGCACCGAGCCGGACACCAAGAGGCACCUGUGCUACGUGUUCGACAGCGAGAAAUGUGCAGAAGAGAUCACCAUUGCCAUCGGUCAGGCAUUUGAGCUGGCGUAUAAAAUGUUCCUGCAGUCCGGGGGGAAAGACGUGGAGUCCAGAAAGCAGAUAGGAAACUUACAGAAAAGGAUUCAGGACUUGGAAAUGGAAAAUACAAAGCUCAAGAAACAGCUUCAGUGUCUGGAGGAUCAGCUGAUCAGCGCACAGUCAUCACCGCUCUGGCAUUUUAACACCUCGCCGGACACCUGCGUCUUGUCCUCCUCUCCGUCCUGCUGUACCGAUGACGUCUCCUCGCUGUCCUCUCUAGAGAUUUCCUCUGUCACACUAACGCCUCUCAGUUCGCCCGAUUCCGGACAGUCGGCAGGCCUGCUGACUCCGCCUCCUGCUAAACCCACCCACUCGCUACCGUCCAACAGCUUCAUUGUCCCUCGUCCUCAUGCUGUUAGCAUCCCGGUGAAAACCACCUCCACAGAUGUAUUCGACAUGCUACCCUUUACACCCGGAUCUUCCACUCCAAGGAUACAGAUGUGUAACGGGAAUUGGAAUUUCCCCUGGCCACCUCCUGUAGACAGAGGUACAGACCUGUUCGGAGCCGUCCCCUUUGACCCCUUCACCUGCGGCCUUUUGGACUUCCCCCCAGACGUCCAGUCCAAACUGGAUGAGAUGCAGGAGGGGUUCAAAAUGGGUCUGACUCUAGAGGGCGCCAUUUUCUCCCUGGAGCACGUGGACAGUCGGUGCUGAAGUCUGAACAGAACUUUCUGUAUUAAGGGAUGAAAAUUUGAGCAGGCCGUUAAGGACAUGUACAAAUUCUUUCUAUUUUUAUAUUGCAGAAAGUGCGUCUGUAGCCACACCCACACCCACACAGAGUGUCACAUCCUGCUGAAAAACGAGUCCGUCGUAUUUAUGUGGCUGUCGAAAUAUUUUGUGGAUUUUCCGCUCACAUUUCUGUAAUGUUUGCACUUUCUCUGUUGAUCCUUAGACACAAACCUGUCCUCCGUUUCCAUCGCAUUUAUGUAGAACAUCUAAUAUUUGCUUUAUGACUAUUUGAUGAUAUUACCCUCGGUAAACUAACCGGACAUUUCCAGUUAAAGCUUUAAAAAGAAAAUCUGCAUUCCUUCAUAGAAGUUUAGUCUGAAUUCUUCUGCAUUAAAGAUGUGCUUCAGAAUUUUCCCUGUAUUUUUUUUUUGUUAAAGAGAAACUUCACACCCUGGACGAACAGAAUUAAAAAUUAAAAGAUAUCAGCAAGAAAAGACAUGCAUUUAUAUCA